CCUCCACGGCCCCAUUCAUUCCUGGAGUGGUCGCUGAACAUACUUGUGCGGGCGCCUCCCCCGACCCAGUCCUUAAGGGCAGGACCUGGUCCAAUGAAGCUCAGUAAAUUCUGAAGAAUUCGGUCUUCUGGCUACUGCUCCCCGGCUCCUUUAGAGCUGAGGGUUGUGGUUCCGAUUCCCACAGCUGGAGUCCGCGGAGUCCUCCCUGGGCCUCGGACCGCGCUGGCCAGCAGCCGCGGGAACCAGGACCCAAGCUUUGGGAUAGCAGAGCUGCUGCAAAGAGGAGCCUGGGCGUGCCUGGGGCGGGCCUGGGUAUGGGCGGUGCCCAGCCGGGGCGGCUUCUCUAUUGGCUCCGCGGGGUGGGGGCGGGGCUUCAGGACCUCAGUCCGCACUGUAAGUUCACAGCCCGGGUCGCGUCCUACUGCUGCGCGGUCCUGCUGCUGAGCUUCUGCGUCCGUGGGUCAGUCGUGUCGAUCGUCUGCGCGCCUUACGGAGUGCCUGGGACCGCUGCCCGAGGGGGUCUCUUGUGACCCGGAGCACCCACUGGAGGUAUAGCAGUAGAAUCUCCAGCGGUUCUCUGCUGGCGGCUUUAUAGAGAAGGAAGGUGAAACCCAGAGAAGUGCCUUGGCCAAAGUCACAGAGUCCCAAGUGGAGUGGGCUGGAUUCAAAGCCCCUCUCCUGAUUGCACAUCCCAGAUGCUGGGGCAGGGGAGAGGGCCAGAAACCACAUCAGACUCAGCCCUUUCCCAUAAGGAACUCUUGACCCAGAGGAAGAGAAAAGGGAAAUUCCCAGGUGACCUCACCUACAGCUCCACAGCCCUGGACCAGGUCGAGAAUCCCAGGGAGAAGACCAAAGCCCAUUGCUGCCAAAGAGAUCUCUAGUUUUCUGCCUUCAAUUUUUAGAAGAGAAUUUUCUACUCUAGAGAGAAAGCAACUUUUGUUAUCGCAACUCCCUGACUUCACUGGCCUUUGACGCUCCUUUUCCUAAUUCCUUGGACCAACUUUGGUCAAAUCUCACACUCCAGUCUUUAGGGCUCUGGCAAGUGUUUGGUGUCUGAAAACCCCCGACUUGAAGCCAGUGUUUCAGGUUGAGCGUGUUAAGCAGAGGCCGUGUGAACAGUGGGCCAGCAGCCAGGCCUGGGUGGUGAGGUCACCAUGUCCACCAAGGUCCCCAUCUAUCUGAAGCGCAGCAGCCGCAAGGGCAAGAAGGAGAAGCUACGGGACUUGCUGUCCUCUGACAUGAUCAGCCCGCCGCUCGGGGACUUCCGCCACACCAUUCACAUUGGCAGCGGCGGUGGCAGUGACAUGUUCGGGGACAUCUCUUUUCUGCAGGGCAAGUUUCACCUCUUACCAGGAACAACCAUAGAGGAGCCAGAGGAGGAUGGCAGCUUCGACCUCCCCUUCCAGUUCACCCGGACUGCCACCAUAUGCAGACGGGAGCUCCCUGAUGGGCCGUCGCCUCUGCUUAAGAACGCCAUCUCCCUCCCGGUCAUCGGGGGGCCUCAGGCCCUCACCCUGCCCACAGCCCAAGCUCCACCCAAGCCCCCUCGCCUGCACCUAGAGACACCCCAGCCUUCCCCACGGCCUUCCCCACAGGAGGCAGGAAGUGUGGACAUCUGGAGGAUUCCAGAAGCUGGCUCGUCCCACAAUGGGCUGACCCCAGAGUCGGAAGCUGAGGAGCCCUUCCUGUCCCAUGCCAGCUCGCUGCUGUCCCUGCAUGUGGACCUGGGGCCCUCCAUUCUGGACGAUGUCCUCCAGAUCAUGGAUCAGGACCUGGACCGCAUGCAGAUCCCCACAUAGGCCCCUCAGCUGAUCCUGCAGGGCACCCAGGUGGGGUGACACUGGGGAGCAGGGUGUGGACACUGUCCACCUUGGGCCACUGGCCAGUGAUUCUUAGUUCGAGCCUUGUUUCCCUCCCUCCUGCCCUCUCCCCUUGGAAGCAAUGUGCUUCAUUGAUUUCCACUAACAACCUGCCGGGGAUAGGCACCGAAGUCACCCCCCUGGUGUGUCCUGCCUUGUGCCCUCCCCUGCCCUUCUUCACAUGACCAGGGCAUUCUGGUUGCAAUAAAACAUGCUGCUGCUGGUGGCCGAGCAGCUGGUACCCUU